AUGAAUCGGAGCGUCAGCAAGAUGUGGGAAAAGUAUUGCCUGCGUCCAACGCAAGGCACCGUCUCCACUACCAUUCCCGUCUUCGUCUAUGGCACAGCCUGGAAAAAAGAUCGCAGUGCAGAUCUUGUAUACAAGGCAAUCAAUGCUGGGUUCAGAGCUGUGGACACAGCAGCCCAGCCACGUCAUUACCAGGAACAUCUUGUAGGCGAUGGGAUCCGCAGAGCCAUUGCCGAUGGGAUUGUCGAGCGAAAGGAUCUAUAUGUCCAAACCAAAUUUAGUCCCAUCUCGGCACAAGACCCUGACAACAUGCCAUAUGAUCCUUCUGCGCCAGUGACUGAACAGGUUCAUGCAUCGAUCAAGUCAUCUUUGCAGAAUCUUCGAUCAAAAGAAGACCCAGACUCUGUGAAUGAAUCAUACAUUGACACUGUGGUCAUUCACUCACCACUUACAACUUGGGAUGAGACCUUGGAGGCCUGGCAGGCCCUGGAAACCUAUGUUCCCCACCGAAUCCGUAAUCUGGGAAUCUCCAAUUGCAACUUUUCAAUCUUGAGGGAGCUUUGCGACUCAAGACAAACAACCGUGAAGCCAUCGGUGGUUCAGAACAGGUUCUAUAAGGAAACCUUUUACGAUCGUUUAGUGCGAUCGCUCUCCCGUGAUCAUCGAGUCAUCUAUCAAAGCUUCUGGACUUUGACAGGAAACCCGGACCUGCUGCGGUCUAGACCUGUACAACAACUGGCUCAUCAUGUUCAAAUCUCACCGGAGGCGGCUCUGUACACCCUGGUUAUGAGUCUUGAUGAUGUGACUGUGCUGAACGGAACCAAGAAUGAAGAGCGUAUGAAGGAGGACUUGGCCGCUCCGAAAUUAGUCGAGAGCUUCACGAAAAAGCGGCCCGAAGUGUGGCGCCAGAUAUCGUUAGAUUUCCAGGUCUUGACCGGGGAUUUUGUGGAUUGA